CCUCAUAUACUCUGCCUUCUCGUGUGCGUGCGUGUGUGUGUCGCUCCCAUCUCCUGCUUUGCAUGUCCUUCAGUGGAAAAAUUCAUCAUAACAAUCAACAGCUGCUUGCAGUCAGACUAAAUUAUUUGCUUGGUUUAAUCAAGUGUCAAAGAUCGUUUUUCAUGUGCUGGGGACGCACCACGCCGUCUCCCACUGGAAUGCACAAAUACAAAUCAAGGAGCGAGAACUCUGAUGUUCCAAGAAAGAAAAUAGCAGAAUGGAUUUUUCCACUUAUUGUAGCGUGACUACAUGCAAGUGGAAAGUUCCUACAUGGUUCCACACUUUGGCGUGUUCCUUUUUUACUUCUAGGCUUUUUGUUUGUUUCUCGAUGGAGCUAGCUGUUCAUUUGCACUUUGCUUACAUUAAGAAAUUAGGAAGUUUGGUUGUUAAAGGUUAACAAUAAUAGUUGCAGCUUUUCUCAGUUUGAUACCACAAAUUAAAUAUCUCCAUGUAGCCUUGAAUCACAUAUCUUCAAAUAUCGGCUGUGUGCGUGUGUUAUUGGUAAAACACAAUCUGUUUCACUGUACAGAAGAAACCCUUGCACCAUUCGGCUUCCGUGCGAGUCUCAUGCUGAUCAGACGUGUGCAGAUUUGUGGUUCGGAGUUGGCAGACGUUGAUUGUGAUUUAUCACAAUUGCAGAGCAAAACAGUAUGAGACAAACCACCAACUUUUCAUGUGCUAAAAAGCCUCAAAGAAUUAAGUCACUUUUAGGACUUCGAAUAAAAGGCAGCAGCAGUGAAAUUAAAUAUUGAUAAACCCGUUCAGCGGUUGGUGGGGCUGGUGGACUCCUGCGGCCAAAAGCUUGGACGGCAGAUACAAAACAAUGAAAGUAAUUCUUUGCAUUCCUAUUGGCAUAAUGGCAUCUAGACACUCCAUCUAUCCGGGUUGGCUAAGAGCAUUUGAACGGUUCCACUGAAGGGGGAUUAGGUGGCUGGCCUGCGGCGUACAGGCUGCGAGGGAGUUCACGUAUUAGCGUUACACGUCUCCUCCGCAGCCGCGAUCGCCUCCACUCGCACACUCCCUCUCGCUCCUCGCUUGCAAAUUGGAAUGGUGAAUGAGCGCAGGAUGCUUGGGAACAGGCUCGGAGCGAGAGAGUGGGAAGACAUCAAAGGGAGAGGGUGCCGGGGUUCUUUCGCUUCCUCCCCGGGCUAGACAGAAGACUUUUUUACAACUGGCUCUGGUGGAGCUGUGGGGAGAAGGUGGAAGGGAAAAUGGCUGUGGAAGAGGAAUCCGGCUAAUGUCUAAUAAAAGAGCUGUGGGUCUCAUGGUGAGAGGGAAUAAUGGAGGGGAGAGGGCGAUGUGGAUGGGGUUACGCACGCUGCGCCUCAGAUUGACUCUGGACUAUAAUCUGCACAGCCUCUGCGGUCUUUCCUGCCGGGUCUCUUACUCGCAGACUAGCUAAAAGCCUGCCAUUACGUGUUGGCCAAACACAGACUUGGCUUUAAAGCAUUAAUGUGUAUGUGCCUCGGAGCUGGUCAUGUGGAAAAGGUAGUCUGGGUCAAGAAAGGGGGGGUUCUUAAGAUAAGAUGCUUGGGGAGCAUCUUAACAGCGCCACAGUCCCCACUUCGUUCGAACACACACACGUGUGCAUGCAUACAUUUAAAUUUGCAGCAACUCAGCAUCUUAUUCACCUGAAUGUCCCCCUGUCCAUCCAUGUCACUGGAGUUUAACAUCAGGUUACCGUGUCCCCUCUGUCCCCAUUGGUUAAAAUGGGUCGAGGGUCCUGGAAGUGGCACUCGCUGGUUGGCUGAACUGUCACUCCACUACUUUUAUGGGGAUUAUACUCUAUCGAUUGGGCACGCUCCCAAAACCUUGCAUCUGUUGGAGAGCGAGAGAUGGGAGGAGGAUGCGAGAUGAGGGGGUGGAAGCGGGAGGGGGGGAGGGGCUCCGUCGUCCCCGCUGUCUCACUUAGGGUUUCAGUCAGGUUGCGAUCUCGCGCUUGGCUGCAUGUGUCGGCGUGCCGGCGAACCCGCGCCGUCACCGCAAGCGGCCGCUCCACGCAGCCUCCGCGACCUGGCUGCUGUCGGGCGCGUGUGAGUGACGGGGGACGUGGACGUGGACGCGAGGCUCGUCCAGCGAGGAUCGUGGUGGAAUAACUUUUUGUUGAGGCAGUCGCCUGCGGUGAAAGUGGGGAGAACAUUCAUUGUUCAAGCUUUUUUGUUUUUGGUGAAGACAAUCCAGACCACUUUUUUUUUUCUCCCCUUUUUAAUGAUAUGCUUUUUAAUUUUUUUUAAGUGAGAUCUUCGUAGGACAUUGCCGUGUCCUCUAAUCAAAGACACUGAGGCUUUCGGAACUGAUCCUACACUCAUCCGCAGCCUCUCGCCCUUCGGGGAUCUUCUACUAUUGUUUCCCUUCUGCUGUAUAGCGAGAUCAAAGGAAGCCGCUGCAGCUCCUUGCGAAUCCAACACGGACCCAUAGGUUGCGAACGGAGCGCCAUAUUCAAGGGGAACCCCAGAACCACGGCGCUGCACAGCUGAUUUAACGCCGCAACGUUUUGUUUUUUGACGCAAUAUUCACACACGUUUGGGGAGAAAAAUUUAAAAAAGGCGACCACUCACGCACGUGGAGGCGUCCACAACCUCCGCAAUGGAGGUGAUGGCGUCCUGUUGGCGCGGGCAGGAGGAGCAAGCUGCCAAACUGAAGGCGGAGAAGAUCCGAGUCGCCCUGGAGAAAAUCAAGGAGGCGCAGGUCAAAAAGCUGGUGAUCAGGGUCCACAUGUCGGACGAGAGCUCCAAGACCAUGAUGGUGGACGAGCGGCAGACGGUCAGGCAGGUGCUGGACAGCCUGCUGGACAAGUCGCACUGUGGCUACAGCCCCGACUGGUCUCUGGUGGAAACCAUCACUGAGUUACAGAUGGAGCGUAUUUUUGAAGAUCAUGAGAACUUGGUGGAGAAUCUGCUGAACUGGACCCGGGACAGCCACAACAAGCUGAUGUUCAUCGAGCGCAUUGAGAAAUAUGCCCUUUUUAAGAACCCACAGAACUACUUGUUGGGGCGGAAGGAGACAUCAGAAAUGGCUGACAGGAAUAAAGAAGCUCUAUUAGAAGAGUGUUUUUGCGGCGGCUCGGUGUCUGUGCCAGAGAUUGAGGGUGUCCUGUGGCUCAAAGAGGAUGGGAAGAAAUCAUGGAAGAAGCGCUACUUCCUCCUCAGGGCUUCGGGGAUCUACUACGUCCCAAAGGGCAAAGCCAAGGCGUCCAGAGACCUCGUGUGCUUCCUGCAGUUGGAUCACGUCAACGUCUACUACGGCCAGGACUACCGCAGCAAAUACAAGGCUCCUACUGACUACUGCCUGGCCCUGAAGCAUCCACAAAUCCAGAAGAAGUCCCAGUACAUCAAGUACCUGUGCUGUGAUGACGUCAGGACCCUGCAUCAGUGGGUGAACGGAAUUCGCAUUGCCAAGUAUGGGAAGCAGCUGUAUGGUAACUACCAGGAGGCCAUGAAGAGGACAGAGGCAGCCUAUGACUGGUCCUCCCUCUCCACCUCCAGCCUCCGAUCAGGCUCCAGCUCAGCCAGCAUACCAGAGUCCCAGUCCAAUCACUCUGGCCACUCUGACAGUGGAGUGGACACAGGCUCGUCUCACGGCCGGUCACAGAGUGUCGUGAGCUCCAUUUUUUCCGAGGCCUGGAAGAGAGGCACCCAGAUGGAGGAGAACUCAAAGAUGAAAAUGGAGGCGUCCAGAGGGGCCACUCUGCCGCACGGCUCCCACGGCCACAGGCACCACAGCCACCAUUCGGUCGACCAACUGGCCCUGACGCCGUCCCCCCAGCCGAUGGUGCAGCCCCAGCCUCACCCGCACCAGCAGCACCCGCCACGGCCUCAGUCCCAGCCCCAGCCUCACCAGCAGCACCAGCACCAGCCCCUGAUGCAGGCCCCGCAACAGCUCCCCCCACACGCUCAGCUGCUGCAGACGCAGUAUCUCCAACAGCACCCGCCACAGUCUCAGCUGCCGCCUCAGAGUCUCCAACAGCACCCUCCACACGCCCAGCCACACCAACAGGUCCCAUCAGUGCAGCCCCACACACCGCCGCAUCCGCAGCACCAGCAGCUGCCGCCGCCGCAGCCUCCGUCUCCCCAGCAGACCACCCCGCCGCUCCCCCAGUCGCCUCAGCGCCCUCAGCCGCCGCCGCAGACCCUCGGCCAACACGACCACGGGCCCCAGCAGGCGGCCCCUCCACCCCCGCCGCCUCCUCCCCCUCCGCCACCACCGCCGCCCCCGGUUCAGAUGGUUUCCCACCACUCGCCGGCUCUCACCAUGUACAAGUACAGCACAAUCACCCGGCUGCAGAACCAGAACCAGGCUGCCAACCAGCAUAGGUUCCCCAGUCACCUCCCCGCAACAGCUCAGCAAGUUCUACCCACAUCUCUGACGCCACCCGCAGCUCAGGUGCCCGUCAAACCCAAUGUGAAUCACAUCGCGGCAAGGACUAAUGUCCCGCCUCCGCCUCCGCCUCCCCCUCCCCCAUCUAUGCCAACCCCUGGAUCAGCCAUGGCUGUGUUGAAGCUGGGCCCUCCAAGCCCUGCUACCCUGCACGCCUUCAUUCCUCCACCCCCAUUGUAUCCACCGGCUCCUAGGACCAAUGGAGUAACAUUUCCUCCCCCGCCUCCUCCCCCGCCACCCCCACCCGCACCCACUCCUAUGAGCCAGCCUGUUCAUCACAACGGGCUCAAGCAGGCACUGAAGGAAAGGUUUCCCAGCCCGCCACGAGACCUCCUGCCUCUAACUGGGGACCUUGAGGAGUCCCCACCUCCAGCCCCUGCUCCACCGCCCCCACCUCCUCCACCUCCACCCCCGCCCCCACCUCCUCCGCCUCCACAGCAGUUCCCGGUGCCACAGCAAUUCCCGCCACCGCCACCAGCACCGCCUAAAACCUUUAACCCAGGCUUUCUCCCUCAUGCUGUCCUCAAGCCCGUGUCACCGGUCACUCCAUUUCCUCCCGCCCCACCUUCUGCUGACAUGAGUGGGCCCGCACCACCCCCACCCCCACCCCCUCCUCCACCUGCACCCCUCAAGAAGCAGUUCAGCCUCCAGGCAGGCCACACCUCCAGUCCACCACCUCCAACUCUGCCCAAGCAACACAGUCUGUCCAAGCCCCCACCCAUUUCUACAGGAGCCCCUCCCACUAUGUCCCUGGUGAAGCAGCUAGCGAGUCAAUUUCCAGGAGCUUCAUCCCAAGGAGCCAAUCAUACAGAGAACCCCAAAGCUCCCCUCUCCCCACCUGCAGUAAAGACCAAACCGAGAUGGCAGCCUGGCGGUGGCCCACAACUACAGUCUCCAGAGUUCCCCCCUCCUCCUCAGGAGACCAACGCUGGAUUCCCUGCCCCUCCGCCGCCGCCUCCUCCUCCACCUCCCCCAGCACCUGUCACAGGUCCAAUGCCACCUCCCCCCCCCCUUCCUCCUGGAAACCUGGGCUCCCCCAUUAAGAGGUCACCCUCUGGCUCCUUCAGUUUGGGAGGCAAAAAACCUCCACCCACCCCACAGAGGAACUCCAGCAUCAAGUCAAACUCAUCAGCCUCCUAUGAGGAAUCCAGGAGAAACUUACUCAGCAAAUUUGCUCCUCAGAGCAACACGCCACCGUCCUCCCCCAUUUCCUCCUCCACUGCAUCUCCCUCCAAGGACCAGUCAGCAGGACCCCCUGCUCCCCCUAAACCAGGCAAGCUCAACCUGAACAACCUGCCCUUGGCACUCCAGGGCAAAGUGAAUCAAGUGAAGCAAACGGGUGGCGAGUUCCCAUCACCACCACCACCUGACUGUGCCUACUUCCCGCCUCCUCCCCCGGCCUCCGACCUCUUCCCCCCUCCUCCACCUCCAGGUAGUGACACCCAUAACGGAGGCCCUCCUAGGGUGGCCGUGGUCAACCCCCAACCGCAGGCUCCUCCUCCUCCACCACCUGUCUCCCUCGUCAGCAAUUCAACAUGGGGAAAGAGUUCCUUGAAAAAGACCCCUCCACCCACACUCGGUCGGCGUAAUAACACCACCCCAGAGCCCCUUCCGCUUUCACCACCUCCACCUACCUCCCCAAAGGGCAGCUCCGGUCAGCCUAAUUUCCUGGAGGAUCUGAACCGGACACUAAAGCGAAAAUCUGUGGGUCGCCAGGGUUCUUCCAACUCUACUGGUCUCACUGGAAAGCUGGACCCAGCAGGGACCAUGGAUGACAUGGCACUGCCUCCACCUCCCCCUGAGUUGCUCCUUGAUCAAGGGAAGCAAAGCAACGGAGGAAACGGUGGCUACGUGUCCGGUAACAUCUCAGGCUAUGCAACGCUAAGACGAGGACCACCGCCCGCACCGCCCAAACGGGGUGACGGCACCAAACUUACUGGAGAGUGUUGAACUUAGAGAUCAGGACACACUGAAGAGGAAUGGACAAUGAAAGGAUAUACGCAAGUGAAGAUUUAAAAGUGGACUAAGAGGGACUUUCUGAAUACCUUCUAGCUACUUUGGUCACAGUGUAUAUACUAAACAGCCCAACCAGACCGUGCUCAAUUAAUGCUUGCUCAUUUUUGUAUUUUUUAACAUGCUUGACUUUCUGGAUCUGUGAGGUUUACAACAACAGGACGAUUAAAACCGGAGCAAACAGGUUUGAGGUCACAGAAAGAGCAAGAUGGUUUAAAUGAUAUCUGCCGCUGCUGUGGAUUAAAUAACACGGUUCUCUAUGGUAAACCCCACCCCUCUGGUAAAACGGGCAGAUUUAAAUAAACUCUAAGGAAAAUUGUGCAAAUGUUACCGGAUCCAGGUCUGAGCCAAAUCACGUCCCCGCUUGUAUCCGCCAUAUACUGUAUUUGUGCCACGUACUGGAGACAAAAAAGGCAUUGGGAUCUUUCUGCUUUGGUACUGCAUGGACUCAUGUAACAACAAGCUGUAAAACACGAAGCUGUUCCAGUGUGUGUGCAUGUGUGAGAGAGAAACCAAGACUGAAUAUACAUACAUGCCAUGUCUGCUCGCAUGUGUGUGUGAUUGUACGAUGGUGAAGUAUUUAAUCAUUAGUAGAAGGCCUUUGUGGAGAGUUUUGCUUUACUAUGAAAUUAUUUAAUGAUUGAUAAAUGGAAGGAUUCUUUUUUUUUUUAAAAAAAAAAGCUGGUCAACAAAAUCUAAAGGAACAAAACAUGAAGGCACAAAGGAAUGUAUAUGGGAAUAAAAACAUGAAGGUUAUGGUUCUGUAACCGUUAAAAAUGUAUGUUGUCGUCUCCAUGGUCUCAAGACUGUUUCACCACUUGGCAAAUGCAAAUCAGAAGAAAGCCUUAUUCCCCAAGUCUUGCACAGAGUUCAAGCAGAGAGGAGAGUUCUUCCAAAGUGUCAGCAGAGCAUGGACUGUGCGACUGGAAAGAAAACGUACUUUUUUGUUUUAUUUAAUGCAAACAUGUAGUGGACUUCUGUAAAUGAGAAGAAGUGUUUUGGUGUAUCUCCAUGGACUGCGUGUGUUCCCUGUGUGUUGGCUUGAUUUUUGGACCUUGUUCUUUUAUUUGUCUAUGUACAGUUGCGGCUGCUGCUUCUUUCUUUGUCCCAGCCGUCUUUUUUUUUUUUAAGUCACAUGGUCUCACAAUCCAGGAAAUAGUGCAGCGAUGGAUUACAGCCAUGUGAUGUGUAAUAAAAACAUAGCCUUGUCUUGUUAAUGUACAGAGCAUUGAAUCAUGUAGUAACCGCAAUCUGACUGGCAUAAGACUGAAUGUCGCUUUUAAUUUUGUGUGUCGAUCUUGUUCCUUGAUGGUGCCAUUACUGCUUCAGCCCUUCGUACACAGGGUUUAGUCCUGAUUUUGUCUCUCCAGAGUGGAUCAUGAAGGGUUUUUAAUUUCUAGAUGAUAUGCCUUCUUUUUUCCGGGUGCUACUCUAACCUUCAGAGAACCCAGUCUAUACAACCCCAUGUGUAUCAGGAUGACAUGUCAUUUAUAAGAUAGAUUUAGUCUGGAAAUGUGUAGACCAUUAUAUCCAGCUUAUCAUGGACAAACCUCAGUGGUGCUUGGUUUCAAACCCUCAUUAACAUGCUCUUUUCUCGUCCUCAGCCGCGGUGGUGUCACCUCCACUUGUAGGCAGCGUGCCGUUUCUUAUGAGUACAGUAUGUAAGUUAUUUAUGUGCUGAUGUGAACAAGUGGGGCUUAAAUGACAUGAAGACAAAUGUUUGCAGAUAAGAGUCAAUGUGUCCUCUUGCAUAUAGAUUGAAAUCCCAAUAUAAAUGUUGAAAUCAGA